CAUAAGCUCUCAACACUGUCGCGCCUCAACGUGAACAUCCGCAAACGUUAAAAGUCAGGUCGCUGGAAUUAGAAAAUCCUAAAUUGAGCGAAAAACGACCUGCUUCUACUCGCGCUACCGUGUGUUAGUUGCCGUUGUAGUUUAUUUUGACAAACAUUUAUUUUGCCCUUCCAACAGGGAGGUUUCAACAUUAGCUUGCUAGCUGCAUGUCCUCGUUGUCAAUGUUGACGUUAGAUAACAAGUGAGCACCGAGUCGAGGUUAAAUGCGUGGACUUGAAUGAACUACACGCUUUAUUUUCAUGUACUGCGAUUGUUGCGGUGACUUGACCGGUGAACCGUAACCACCCUUGACAGCAACCCAUUCUCCUUCCUGUUCUGUCCUGUUCCUGUUUGUUUGUUUGUUUGUUUGUUUUACCGGGGUAAUUGGUUGAUUAUGAUGUAAAUCGCCUUUGCUAAUGCUUGCUCCAGCCCUUUUAAGGGUGAUGGCCGAGAACGGACAGCUUAAUCUGACGGGCGGUUCGGCCACCGUCGGCUCCCCAGCCCAAGCCCGCCGCGGCCGACAGACGUACAGAAGUUCGGCCCAUUCCCAAAGCCUGCUCGACAGCCUGCUGGGGCUCCGGCAAGCUGGCAUCCUGUCGGAUGUGGUGCUACUGGUGGAGGGUCAAGCCAUCCACGGCCACCGUGUGCUUCUUGCUGCCUCCUGCGAUUACUUUAGGGGGAUGUUCACCGGAGGCCUUCGGGAGACGCAGCAGAAUGAGAUCCCGAUUCACGGAGUGUCCUUUUUGGGCUUGAACAAAAUAAUAGACUAUAUGUACACUUCAAAGAUAGAGUUAGACCUGGACUGUGUACAGGAAGUCCUGAUAGCGGCCACAUUGGUGCAGCUUGAGGAUGUCAUUGGCUUCUGCUGCGAGUUCCUCUUCUCCUGGCUGGAUGAGAGCAACCUAUUGGAAAUUCAUCACCUGGCUGAUCUCUACGGACUGCAGCAGCUCAAUGCCAGGGUCCACUCACACAUCCUGAGCAACCUUCAGGCUUUGUCCCGCACGGACGCCUACCGACGGCUCCCCCAAGAGGAAAUAUUUCGAGUGCUGAGCAGUGAUGAGCUUGAGGUGCAAAGUGAGAAUGAGGUGUAUGAAGCAGCGCUUCACUACCACUACAGUCCUGAGCAGGUGGAGCGUGACCAAGUGUACUUACAGGACAAUCUCAAGAUGCUUGAUGCUGUGCGCUUCUGCCUAAUGGAGAAACGAGUACUUCAGAGGUUGCAUGAUAAACUGGAACAGUGCCCGCUAAAGGAAACUGUGUCCGCCGCCCUCCAUUACCACGAGCAAGAGAUGUGGCAGCCGGUCCUUCAGAGUCCUCUCACACAGCCUCGCUCCACCUUCAACUGUAUCUUGGGCUUCGGUGGGAUGUUUACUUCCCCCUCUCAUAUGGUCAACAAGCAUCUAAUCCAGGUGUUCCAUCCCAGUUGGAACGAAUGGAGGGCUCUUAAUGCAGUGAACAGUCCCCAGAUGUCCAACCAGGGAAUUGCUGUGCUUAACAACUUUGUAUAUCUUAUUGGUGGAGACAGGAAUACCAGUGGAUUUCGUGCAGAGACUUGCUGCUGGAGGUAUGACCCUCGUCACAACAAGUGGUGCUCCAUCCAGCCUUUGCAGCACCAGCAUGCAGACCAUUGCGUGUGCGUGGUGGACGGCCAUAUUUACAGCAUCGGAGGUCGCGACUACACCAGGGAGCUGUGCUCAGUGGAGCGCUACAACCCACACACUAACACCUGGGAGUUUAUUUCCCCUCUCCUUAGAGAGGUUUACGCCCAUGCUGGAGCUGUUUUAGAUGGCAAAAUUUACAUUACUUGUGGACGCAGAGAGCGGGCGUACCUUAGAGAGACAUACUGUUUCGACCCGGCAGCCAAUAACUGGACAGCUUGUGCGGAUGGGCCGGUGGGGCGAGCAUGGCACGGCAUGGCUGCCGUGAAUGGACGCCUGUAUGUCAUUGGGGGAAGCAAUGAUGAGCGUGGCGACCGGCGGGAUGUCUUACAGACAGCAUGCUUUGAGCCCUCAGACAACUCCUGGACUUUACUAAGCCCACUCCCUGCUGGCCAUGGGGAACCCGGCAUCGCAGUAUUGGACGGUCGUAUCCAUGUGCUGGGAGGGCGCUCUCAUAACAAAGGCAACCGGGUGAAAUAUGUUCACGUGUUCAACACUGACACUGAUGAGUGGGAGAGCGACACGCCGUUCACAGAGCGCAUCUCUGGCCUGGCCGCCUGCGUGGUCCUCAUGCCACCAGCUAUGUUGGCACUCGCCAAGAGCUCAGAGCCACAACUGAAGGCAUCAUGGGAAGAUGACUUUUUCAGCUCACACACAAGCACGGAUGAAGACGAAUGAGUACGUGACUGAGCACUACAGACUUUAAGGCACAGGUGUCAAACUCAAGGCCCGAGGGCCAAAUCCGGCCAAAUCCGCCACAUUAUUUUAUGUGGCCCACGAAAGCAAAUUAUGUGUCAUCUUGCGUGAUUCUUGCUAACAUUUCAAAUUGUCAUAUAUAAUAAAUAAUAACGUUGCGAUAUAUUGCAAGCAUUUUUUUGUUACCAAAACCCUUUUUACAGUUCUUGAACAAUAGUUGAACAGAAAAAUUAUCCUUGCGAUUUAAAAACAACUUAUCCAUCCGUUUGUUGUAUAUAUGAGUCACAGUCGUAACAGCCCUCUGACAGACACGGGAACUACAGUAUUUGACACCCCUGCUUUAAGGCAUCUUUCAUCAUGUUGCUUUAGUUAAGCAUUUAUGGCAGCAUUACGUCAUGCUUAUGGCCCUUUUUUAGUGCCUCUGUAAACAACACUUAAUACAUUUGCACACUAAACAUUGCUUCUCCGAUUAGCGAUGGUCAUAAUGGUGACGUCUGUGGAACUGAUUGUUUUUUAGCCCAUUUUCUCAAGCUGAUUUUGGGCAAGUUACUGUAUACCUACUACCACUGUCACCCGAGUUAAUGCACCUGCUAUUUACACCACUUUAUCACGUUGCAAUAGUUGAAAGUAGAAACCAUCAAUACUACCACACUGACACAUUCAUCAUCUGGAGCAGUUCAGAAUCAAUAGUUACUCAAUACAUGACAAAACAUGAUGUAAUACAUCAUGCUCACUAGAGAUGCUGAUUACUAAACGUAUAUAAUAAUAUAUUGGCAAUAAAUUAUACUAUAAUAAUAAUAAUAUAUACGGCUUCCUCCCACAUCCCAAAACAUGCAUAUUAGGUUCAUUGAAGUCUCUAAAGUGUCCUUAUGUGUGAAUGUAAUUGUGACUGGUUGGUUGUUAAUAUGUGCCAUGUGAUUGGCUGCCAACCAUUCCAUGGUGUACCCUGGCUGUCUCUUAAAGUCAGAACCUGCAACCCUACUGAGAACAAGUGAGAUACAAAAUGGAUGGAUGGAUGUUUCUUCUGAUAGUGUUAGGCCCACAGAGGAGACCACUACGCCACACCUGUGGACAGUUUAGAGUCUUCAAUAAACCUGACGUGGAUGUUUUGGGAAUGUGAGUGGAAGGAGGAGAGCUCAGAGAAAACAAAAAAGCAGAUAUUGUCCCAUCCCUUUUGAAAACAACAAAACAAAUAUUGUUCUCCUAUAGUUGAUCAAGGAAAUUGAGUCAAACGCACAUCCCUAUCUCCAUCCUAUUUAAAGAGCAAGAGCCAUAAUCAAAGCUAAGGUAUGACUUUUUAUUUAUGGCCUGCCAGGGUGUCCUCAAGAAUCCUCUCGUCUUUAUGCAAUUAUCUGUGAAUUCUACUGACUAUGCAAUAUGUAGAGGAACUAUUACAAAAAUGUGUUCCAAACAUUUAGUUUUGUUGCUGUUAAUCCCAGUGUAUUUGUCAGCUGUACUAUCCGUUUUAAAGAAUGUUCUUUGUUCUUCAUGCCAUUUCAACUGGGUAGCUAACCUAAAAGCAUAAUCAGGUGCACUUUAACAUAGUGCCUUUUUGUCCUGCACUUGUGAAAGCUUAUACAAUACAGUGGAGAUUUUAAAAAAAGGUCUACACACCCCUGUUCAAAUGCCAGGUUUUGUGAUGUAUACAUACAUACAGUGGGCACGGAAAGUUUUCAGACCUCCUUAAAUUUUUCACUCUUUGUUAUAUUGCAGCCAUUUGCUAAAAUCAUUUAAGUUUUUUUUAAUAUAUAUAUGUAUAUAUACACACAUGUAUAUAUAGAUACACUCUAUAUAUAUAUAUAUAUAUAUAUAUAUAUAUAUAUACACACAUAUAUAUAUAUAUAUAUAUAUAUACACACACACACACACAUAUAUAUAUAUAUAUAUAUUCAUAUAUAUAUAUAUAUAUAUAUAUAUAUGUACAUAUGUAGGCGGCACGGUGGCCGACUGGUUAGAGCGUCAGCAUCACAGUUUUGAGGUGCGGGGUUCAAUCCCCAUCCCCGCCUGUGUGGAGUUUGCAUGUUCUCCCCGUGCCUGCGUGGGUUUUCUCCGGGCACUCCGGUUUCCUCCCACAUCCCAAAAUCAUGCAUUAAUUGGAGACUCUAAAUUGCCCGUAGGCAUGACUGUGAGUGCGAAUGGUUGUUUGUUUCUAUGUGCCCUGCGAUUGGCUGGCAACCAGUUCAGGGUGUACCCCGCCUCCUGCCCGAUGACAGCUGGGAUAGGCUCCAGCAUCACAGCGACCCUAGUGAGGAGAAGCGGCUCAGAAAAUGGAUGGAUGGAUGUAUAUAUGUAUAUGUGUAUAUGUAUAUAUAUAUGUAUAUAUGUAUAUAUAUAUGUAUAUAUGUAUGUAUAUAUAUGUAUCCUAGCAAGUUACUGCUAGCACAAACGGUUGUACCUGGCGUUCUGUCGAAUCAUGCUCGAAAGUUUCGGUGUGGGUGAAGUAAUUUCAUUACAAUAAAGUAAUGUAUUACAGUAAGUAGGCACCCAUUAUUUCUGUCAUGUUGUAAUGUUGGUUUGACCUGACUAGAGCAGUGAUUUCCAACCUUUAUGGAGCCAAGGAACAUAUUUUACAAAUGAAAAAUCUCACGGCACACCAACAAACAAAAAUGUCACAAAAAGUGGAUACAUUAAUUACUGUAUGUACUUCCUGCCAUCUAAUAGAAGACCAUUCAUUUGUUCUGUCUGUCACUAUGCCUCACUGGCAUAAAUAGAUGAACAAAAAUACAUUAUUUAUUGUAAAUAUAUAUAUAUUUUUGGAGCAAUUAAGUACACAAGUAUAUACAGUAAAUGAACAGGUCAUUUAAAUGGAGACAUUGCUCCAUCUUGUGAUCGGAUCAGUGAUUGGUGUUCGGCCCCAAAAAUCCUGAUCGUGUAAAGCCUAAUAAAAACCCAAUCACUACUGUCACUACUAUCACUUAGGUGUUCCUUCACUCAAUUAUGGCUUUCUGUGCACAUUGUGUAAUGACAGAAGCCACAGAGAGUACCAGAAUCAUCUGUUAUCAAGAUGAUCACACAAUCAUGAGCCCAUUUUGUUCUGUCAAUUAGUUUGCUUUUGUUUGAUACCUAACUUUAAUGAUGUAGAUAAGCUCAAAGGUUGCUUUUUUUUUUUGUGCAUUGCUUCGCAUUUUUUUUUGUAAUUUUCUCUCCCAUGUAACAGGUUAAGCCUGUUACCCAAGAUAUGCAAAUGUAUUCCUGUGGUAAAGAAGAAUAAAACAUGUUAUAUAUACUA